UUUUCCACUUACCAGCCUAACAGCUGAUAGCUACGUGUGCCGAAAGACAAUCCACUCACACAUGCUCACUCUCGUCUUCCUGUCCAGUGCAGGAUGUCGGACUGUAGACUGUACGCGUACCAGGAGGAGGUGGUCCAGAGGGCUCUGCGAGGAGAAAACACCAUCAUCUGGCUGCCGACGGGAGCUGGGAAGACGCGUGCCGCCGUCUACGUGGCCGAGAAGCACCUGGAAACAAGGCCGCGGGGGAAAGUGGUGGUCCUGGUAAACAUGAUCCACUUGGUGGACCAACACUACAGCAAAGAGUUCGCUCCCGCCCUGGCGUCGUCCUACAAGGUGGUGGCGGUGAGCGGCGUAAGCAUCGAGAAAGAUUUCUUCGGCAAGGUGCUGCGCGACUCUGACGUGGUGAUUUGCACGGCGCAGCUCUUACACAACGCUCUGGUCAGCACGGAGGAGGAGAAGCGCGUGGAGCUGUCAGAGAUCUCCCUGCUGAUUGUGGACGAGUGCCACCACACCCAGAAGAAGAUGGUCUACAACCAGAUCAUGAUGGACUACCUGCACAAGAAGACGCUCGCUGAAGAAACGCUGCCUCAGAUUCUUGGACUCACGGCGUCGCCAGGCGUGGCCGGGGAAAAGAGUCUGGACAAAGCAGUGCUGCAUGUACUCAAGCAGUGCGUGAACCCACGCAAGUCAUAUCUGUUGAUGCUUUUGGAGAUAUGA